GCUGCAUUGACUAGCAGGCAGAAUCUGUCCUACAGUUGGUAUAUCUGGGCUGCCAAAAUCUGGAAAAGCAAACAGUGGCAGCAGAGAGUUAGAAAUUUCUUUGCUAAGUUGAAUGGUAGUUGUUGGGGUUUGUUUGUUUGUUUGUUUUUAUAUGUAAAGACCCACUAAAUUAUAGAAUACAGUGACCAGAAAACCUUGGAUUUUUAGGAAUUCUUGAACAAUUGUUAAGUCUCCUUAAGGAGAGGGAGAAGAAUUACCAACUUUUUAACCUCUCUUGGAUCUGGUACCUUUAAGAACUGCUAGGUUUGACUUUGACACUCAUUUUAUUCACUGUCAAUUUCAGAACCUGAAGAUUGUGAGUUCUAGUCACGCCUUAGCCAGUCUUUGAGCCAGUCACUCUCUUUUAGCCCAGUUUACCUCACAGGGUUGUUGUUGUGAGGAUUACAGGAGGAGGAAAAAGUAUUAGGUAUGUUGGCUGCCUUGAGUUAUUUAUUGAAAUAAUAAAAAGGUGGGAAAUAAAUAAACAAAUAGGAAAUUACCUGCUAAUUUCUGCUGACCACUUUCUUAAAAAUCUAUUGAUGAUUCCAGGUUUUGGAGUGGGGAAUAUCUAGAUUCAAUUGCAUUUGUAGAUCUUACACCGUCUCAGAAAUGGCAGAAUUUUCAUUUGGGGAUAAAUUAAUUAUUGAAGUAGAAAUAGUAAUGGUAAGCAUAUCUAUAUACACAUGGUCAUUUAAGUGUCUUUCUUUUCAUAUGCUAAAUAUCUGUAAGAAGAAUAUCUGUAGGCUGGGGAAAGUACUGAAAUUUUGGAUUAUUUAAUUUAUGAAGGAUGCAUUAUAUUUCAUUAAACUUCACUCUUAAUUUGUGGGGGAGAAUGAUGGAACUAGUUUCCGUGCCCAUAUUUCUCUUUCUGUUGGUUUUAUUUUCUUUCUUUUCCUCCUUUUUAUUUAAUUGAUACUUAUUUUCCACUGGCUUUUGCAUGUUAUCAAUUUUUCUGUGCCUUCUAUUCACAUUGCUGUGCACACAUAUUUUGAAAAACCACUUUCUCAAAUCAUUUAAUGUUAUUUAAAAGUUAUUUAAAGAGAAGUAGCAAGACGUUAGUCUCCCUUCUCAAGCAAGGAAGAAUCCUUCCUCUCAUCAGGUUCAUAGCUUGUCUCAAAAUGCUUAGGAACAAAAAAGCCAGCAUUUAACAUGUUAAUUCAGAGGUACUCCCUGCCUGGUCCUUUUGUCCCAGCCCUCUACUUCUGUCUAGAGUGAUCAGCUGAUGGGGUGGGAGAGAAGAGAAGAGAGUUACACCCUGAAUGUUUCUGUGCCUUGCAUCCUCCAAAGAGGGAUGAUCUGAGCCAUUUUUCUAGGCUCCUUGGAUCCCCCUUACUCUGAAGAAGUGGGUGGGUCAAGGGUGAAAAGGAAGACAUUUACAGGAAGAAGAUACGUACAAAGAAGUGCAGAAGGAGACCACAGAAAAGUUAUGGAGUCUGACCUGUCGUCCACGUGUCCCACUCUGCACCAGUACUGCUGCUCUGCUCAGUCGCUUCUCCACUCGCAACUAGCUUCCCCUGCCAGGCACACAGGCUGCAGUGUGGAAGGAGACCCUCCGGGAAGCGAGGCAGGAACCAUAGUGGACAGUCUGGGCAGUCAACCAUACCGAUGCAUCCCUGAAGUGACCAAGGUUGAGCACUAUGAUUUAGUGCCAUCUUCCUCCUCUUCUGUCUGUCACGCUCCAUCACCAGGGCUUCCGUGGGCCCAGCGAGCUCGGCUACAGCCAGCCAGCGUGGCGCUGAGGAAGCAGGAAGAGGAGGAUAGCAAACGAUCAGCACUAUCCGACAGCUAUGAGCUCUCAACGGAUCUUCAGGACAAAAAGGUGGAGAUGCUGGAGCGGAAGUAUGGGGGCUAUUUCUUGAGCCGGCGGGCAGCUCGUACAAUUCAAACAGCCUUUCGCCAAUACCGCAUGAACAAAAAGUUUGAGCGUCUAAGAAGUUCGGCAUCAGAGAGCCGUAUGUCACGGCGCAUCAUACUGUCCAACAUGCGGAUGCAAUAUUCGUUUGAAGAAUAUGACAAGACCCAGAAUGCCCCUUACUUUGAAGGUAAACCUGCCUCUCUGGAUGAGGGCUCCAUGGCUAGUGCUCGACCUCAUCUCCUGGAUCACGGGCUUCCCUACAGUGGUUCUUGCCGGACCGGCUUGGAUGGUAGUUCCCUGCAUUCCUCUUCUGGAGGCUUCUGCAAUGACAUCACGGAGCUGGAGGAUUCCUUCUCCAAGCAGGUGAAGUCCUUGGCAGAAUCGAUUGAUGAAGCCUUAAACUGCCACCCACUUGGCCAGGAGGGAGGACCUGGUGGCCCCACUUUGGAAAAAAGUGAAUCCAAGGAGCAGCAGGGUGACAGUGCUGCCACUUCAUUCAGUGAUGUCACACUCUAUCUGGACGAAGGCGCUCCCACGUCACCCCUCUCUCUGGAGCGUCCUCCCAGCACUGAGCCCCCAGAGCCUGCUCCGGGGGUGCCCCUCCCACCAGCCCCACGGCCGGAGUACUGGGGGGCGCCCCAGCGGGAGGACAGUCGGGAGAAUGGGGGCGGGAGCCGGCGCAGCACACCUUGCAUGGAAUGCCGGGACUACCGCCUUCGGGGCGCUCACCUGCCCUUGCUCACAAUUGAGCCUCCCAGUGACAGCUCAGUGGAUCUGAGCGACCGUUCUGAUCGGGGUUCAGUCAGUCGGGGGCUCAUGUAUGAGCAAGAUGGCUGCAGUCCCCAUGGCACCCUCAAACAUCCUGGAGGGCCUGCACGCUCCCCACACCCACACCGCCAUUAUCAUCCUGAGAAAAGCCAGCCUCCUCCACCUUUGCCCAUCCCACCCCCUCAGGCCCCAGGCCGCCUGCCUCCGCCUCCUCCGCCGGACAACUCGGAUGGCGACAACGACAGCCUCAACAGCACCACCAACUCCAACGAGACCAUCAACUGCAGCUCAGGAUCCUCCUCACGGGACAGCCUGCGCGACCCACCUCCACCUGCCCCAACAACCACCACGACUGUCGGGGGCCCCUGCAAGCAGACCUACCAGCGUGAGACGCGGCACAGCUGGGAUUCUCCUGCUUUCAACAACGACGUGGUGCAGCGCCGCCAGUACCGCAUCGGCCUCAACCUUUUCAACAAGAAACCAGAAAAGGGGAUCCAGUAUUUAAUUGAGAGAGGCUUCUUGUCGGAUACACCGGUGGGCGUGGCCCGGUUUAUCCUGGAGCGGAAGGGGCUGAGCCGGCAGAUGAUUGGAGAAUUUCUUGGUAACCGGCAGAAACAAUUCAACCGAGAUGUACUCGAUUGUGUUGUAGAUGAGAUGGACUUCUCCAGCAUGGACCUGGAUGAUGCCCUGAGAAAGUUCCAGUCACACAUACGGGUGCAAGGUGAGGCCCAGAAGGUGGAGCGUCUCAUUGAGGCCUUCAGCCAGCGCUACUGUGUAUGCAAUGCCCCAUUGGUGCGCCAGUUUCGGAAUCCUGACACCAUCUUCAUCUUGGCUUUUGCCAUCAUCCUUCUCAAUACGGACAUGUACAGUCCCAGCGUUAAAGCAGAGAGGAAGAUGAAGCUGGAUGACUUCAUCAAAAACCUGCGGGGGGUUGAUAAUGGGGAGGAUAUUCCCCGUGACCUCUUGGUAGGGAUUUACCAGCGGAUUCAGAGCCGAGAACUGCGCACAAAUGAUGAUCACGUUUCUCAGGUCCAGGCAGUCGAGCGCAUGAUUGUGGGCAAAAAGCCGGUUCUCUCUCUGCCCCAUAGGCGCCUGGUGUGCUGUUGCCAGCUGUAUGAGGUCCCCGACCCCAACCGGCCCCAGAGGCUUGGCCUGCACCAGAGGGAAGUCUUCCUCUUCAAUGACCUCUUAGUGGUGACAAAGAUUUUCCAGAAGAAGAAGAUCCUUGUGACCUACAGUUUCCGCCAGAGCUUCCCACUUGUUGAGAUGCAGCUACAGCUCUUUCAGAAUUCCUAUUACCAGUAUGGGAUUAAACUACUCUCAGCUGUCCCCGGUGGGGAACGAAAAGUCCUGAUCAUCUUCAAUGCCCCCAGUCUGCAGGAUCGAUUGCGUUUCACAAGUGAUCUGCGGGAGUCCAUCGCUGAAGUGCAAGAGAUGGAGAAAUACCGUGUGGAAUCGGAGCUUGAAAAGCAGAAAGGAGUAAUGCGCCCCAACGCCUCUCCCUCUUCUGGGCCCAAGGACACCAUGAAUGGCACCCUGACCCGGAGCAGUCUAGAGGAUGCCUAUACUAUGGGAGAGGGCCUGAAGAGAAGUGCCCUCAAUAGCUCCCUGCGUGACCUCUCUGAUGCUGGCAAGCGGGGCCGCCGUAACAGCGUGGGAUCCUUGGACAGCACAAUUGAAGGGUCUAUCAUUAGCAGCCCACAUCCCCAUCAGAGGGCGCCACCACCACCUCCUCCAGAGGAAUACAAGCCCCAACCUCGCCCCCCCUCGAAUUCGUCCUCCUUCCUGGGCUCCCUGUUUGGCAGCAAGCGUGGGAAGGGCCCUUUCCAGACUCCCCCCAGCCAGGCCUCAGCAUCCUCUUCUUCGGCCUCUUCAUCUCACCAUCAUCUGCCCCAGCACCACCCACAUCACAGCCACCCCUCCCUCCCUGACGUCAGCCAGUCUAAGCUGCAGGCACUCCAUGCCCAGUACUGCCAUGGCCCCUCUGCCCAGCCGCCGCCCCCCUACCCCCAGCAGCCCCCUCCCCCUCAGCAGCCAGCACCCCCACCCCCACCUCUGGCCCUGCCCUCCAACCCUCUGCCACCUCAGAUGCAGCGCUACCACCAUUCCCAGCAGCCUCCUCUCUCAGCUCCCCCUCAGAAGCAGGCAGUGCCCGCUUUCCCUACCCCACAACCCCACCACCACUACACUCUCGGUCGGCCUGGGCAGCAGAAGCGCCUCCAAAUGGCUGCUGCUGCUGCCCAGCACCCCCCCUUCCCUCAUGGGCGCCAGCCUAUCUCACCGCUGCCCCUCUACAGCCCUGCCCCACAGCAUGCCCUGGCCCACACGUACCCCCAGCAGCUGCAUCAGUCGGGGAUCAGUGGUCAGCACACCCUGCACAGGCAGCAGGCCCCAAAGCACUUUAUUUUCAGCCAUCAUCCCGCACAGCUCCUACAGCGGCCUCCGCCACCCUCUGGCAUGGGGCCAUAUCCUGGGCAUCAUGGCCAUCCUCAGCCACACCACAGCCAACCCCCAAUGCCCCCGCCUCAUUCUCCCAUUCCCCCGCAUCCUUCUUACCCACCUCUUCCCCCUCCAUCACCCCAUACGCCUCUCAGCCCCCACUCUCCGGCUGCUCCUACGUCCCCUCUGGCCCAGCACAUGCCCAUGCACCAGGGGGUUCCUCCACCCAUGCCUGCUCAAGGGCCCCCAAAUCCCAAGCCUAAGCCGGUCAACAGAAUCAGCACCGUUGUGUGAACAACUGCCACCACAAUGGAACUGAUAGCAGAUCUAUAAAUAUAUAAAUAACAGAGCUUGGGGCCUCCCCUGUUCCAGCUGAAGUGAUGGGGAAGGAUGGAGGUCAGGAGGGUGUCUAGAUUUUAUGGCCAUUCCCUUUCCUCCUCCCCACUCCACAUCCCAUCCCUCUUUUUCCUAGGAUCAGAACUGAGAGAGGGCAUCCCUUGGAAAGGAAGAAAACCUGGACCUGCAACGCCGUGCGUGGCCUGAGGGGGGUACAGCUUCACAUGGGCUUUGCUUUUGGGAGCUCUGCCUCUUUUCUCUUCCUUGCGGGUCAUCUGUCCCCGCUCCUACCAUCUUUUUCUGAGCAUCUGUGGACAGCAUGGUAGUUUUGUGGUGACAGUGGGUGGCAGAAGUAUAAGCUGCAGUGUUGGGGAAAGCAAGUGUCUGUUUGUGUUGUCUUAGGAGUAUGGCCAAACAGGUAAAAUUUAUCAUCCCAACUUUUAGUAACUUUUGUGUUUGGGGGCAGCAAAUUCUUUUCUGAUAGCAUGACUUCAUGAUGGGGUGAUGGAGAGGGAAGGAAAGGAAAGGAAAGGAAAGGAAAAGAAAGGAAAGGAAAGGAAAGGAGGAAGGAAGGAAGGAAGGAAGGAAGGAAGGAAGGAAGGAAGGAAGGAAGGAAGGAAGGAAGGAAGGAAGGAAUCAGUCAUAUGAUUUUGCUACGUGCUCCCAUUGUCAGAAAUGGGCAGAGAUAAUCAUACUAUCUGCUGUAUGUGGGAUACCUGCUAGUCUCCCAGGCAAUCUUGCCCAGUGGUGGUUUUUAAUGUGCAGAGGAAGCUGUUUUCUUCUGCUCAGACUCUCUCCCCAGAAAGCACUAAUCCAAACAAGACUUUUCAGAAGUCUCUUUUCUUUUCUCUCUCAUUGGCCCCAGAAUUUUCUGAUAAGAAUAAAAGCUUUGUAUUUUUAAAAUUUUAACAGGUAGCAGAUUGUUCCUGUGGCUGCCUUCUGUGUGUCAUGUUUAAACUGCAAAUGGCAUUUAUGAAUCCUCCUUUCUAGUGGUAAUUUUUACUCAGAAGAAUGACUGAAGAAGAAUCUCUCUUUUUUUUUUCUGAUUUACCCCCCAAAAAUAUGUUUUCAGUCUGAUUAACCCACUUUUUAAUAGGUCCUAUGGACCAUGAACUCACUUUUUGUCAUAGCAAACAGCCCUGUAAAUGCAGAAAGUAGAACAGAGUUCUAAAGACCAUAGAUGAAGUUUUGGGGCUGCAUAAAACACUUUAUUCAUUGCCAAAUUCUGCAAAGUGGCACAGAAUUUGUGUGUAACAGCAGGAACCAGGAAUUUAGCCCUUCUCAAAUCUGUCAUUUUCCCCUUGCAACUCCUCAUAAGCCUCCAUUUUCCCCAAUCAUCUGUCUUUAUUUAGGGAAAAGCAGCCACUUCUUGUAGAAUAUAACAAGCAAGGAAAAGCUCAUAUUGCCCGUUUUCACCUAAAAUGUUCUUUAUUGCCAUGACUUGACAAUAUUUCAAGGCAGUUUUAUUUAAUACCCACUUUCAUACACCUGGUUGUGGCAUGGAGCUGCUGUGGUGUUAAGCAACUAUUGUUGCCAAGUAACUUCUGACUUUGAUAUUAGUGCUGAUGGGAGUGUGCCUUCCUGUCUCUGUCAAAGGGGGUGGUUCCAUUACCACAGAAAACCUCAGGAAGGUGCUUUAUUAUAUCUGAAAAAAAUAACUACACAUAUGGUAACUACACAUUUCUUCAGCACUGUGGGUAUCAGCGUGCCCCUUGUGCAGGUUGCUUCUCAAAGAUGCUUCUGUGUUUUGGUGUCCUAGAUGCCGUAUUUUUUGGAGUAUAAGACACAUCUUUUUCCCCCCUAAAAGAGGCUGAAAAUUUGGGUGCGUCUUAUAUUCUGAAUGUAGCUUUGUUGAAGCUUUUUUUCAGCCCUAAUACGCUAACAAGGCACUAGCUAGCGAUCUUUUCCUUGACUCUCGCUAUCUCCAUGCUUUUCUCCGACUCUCAGCUGUUCUUUAGAAGCUUUUUUUCAGCCCUAACCAGGGGCUAGCCAAGUGAAGCGAUCUCCCCGUGCUUUGCCUGCUUUUCUCAUUGCUGCUUCCUCUCAGCUGUGCCUUAGAAGCUGUUUUUUAUUCCCAAACAGGGGAUAAAAAAACAGCAAACUAAUGUGCUGAAACUGACCAGACUAAGGACGCUAGCCAGAUGAAUACCUGAUAGGCCGAUUUCCCCCCCCCCCCAUUUUCCUCCUCAAAAACUAAGCUGGUCUUAUACUCCGGUGCGUCUUAUACUCUGAAAAAUAUGGUACUUUCAAUCGGUCUUCCCUCAAUUUGCCCUUGAGGGAAUUACUAGACAAAUACUUUGUGUUUUAGAAAAUAGGCUCUUCCACUUGAAAGCUGUCUUACCUGUUGACUUAAUCUAUAGAGAGAAAGAUACAUCGUCAGUCACCUGCAGCAUGUGGAGCUGAUGAGUCCUUGGGGCCCUCUGCCCUUUUGAGGAGGUGGUGAAGAGAGGCUGUCUUGGUAAUUUGCAGAGUUUGUCAGUUUCUGCUGUUUCAAGUAGAGAAAGGAAAGAGACUCAGAUGGGAGAUGUGAAGGAUCUGUGGGGAAGAGACGAGUCCAAAGUAUGGAGAAGUCUGGGACACGGGAAGGGAAUGUGUCCUGCCCUCUCAGUUCUUAUUCAUAAAGGGCUAUUUUUACUCCCUUCUUCUCCUCACCCCUGCUCUGGGGUUUGCACUGAAUCUGUUUUUAAAGAUAGAGACUUCUAUAUUCUUGGGCUUUAUGAACCCACCCCUAAUUGAAUUGGAGAGGGGAGAAUAAACUGCUGUGAUCGCUUUUCUCCUAAAUUGUUUCUUCAUCCACUCAGUGCAUUAAUGCCUGGUAAUGGAGAGGUAGAGUAGAAUUCUCUCCCAAUUAGUUCCUUUGGGAAGUUAGAUGCACUUUAAUCCCUGUGCGCUGUGUUUCCAGAAAAAGAUGGCAUCCAGUUUCUGCUGCCCCAAAUCCAGCUUACGGGGCACAUCCAGACCUCACCUUCUUCCUUCCCUCGAGGUGCUACAUUGUUCUGCCACUCACCUACCUUGCCUAGUAAAGUUAAGAGGUGGGCCUCCUCCUAGGUCUUCUUGUUUUAGACAAAGAGAGAAAAGGCUGGAUUAACGAUAUCAAGUCAUCAUUUCAGAAAGUAAGGAAAUGAUGCCUGAAUUAACAGUGCCUGUUUUUAUAUUUUUAAGGAGAUGCUAUGGAUUUUGGAUGGAAGAAAUUAUUUUAUUGCUUAAUAAAAUGCAAAGAGGUGCUCCCCAGAUUUCUAAUAAUAGAAGCACACUAUUUUUUCCCCUAGCUUAGAAGAGGGAAGUAGAGCAGUAACCCAUACCAAAAUGCAGACUAGCCACCUCUGAAGGUUAGUGCUACUGGCUGCAGAAAGUUAGGCUAGCCUCAGAGGUUGCCCAAGCUAAAAAUUACUUCAACCAGCUGGCUGCACCCGCUGCCCUCUUGAUUCUCUGAAUUACCACUGCCAUCUUCCCCAGUCAGAGGUAGGAAGAUUAUUGCUCAGUCAGUGAUGCAGAGAAUGUCAGGGAGAAGCUUGGCGUAAUGGCUUGUUGUGGCCUAUAUAGGCCCUGCUCAAGCGCCCUGCUAAACUUACAGAAAUGACUGCUCUAAGGGGAGCCAGUUGAGUGAAAGGUGAGAUUUUUCUCACUCUUUUGAGGAAGGGGGAAGACUAGAGAGGAGCAAAUGGUAGAGGGUCUCAGGAGGCUUACGGGUUUCUUGACUCCCACAUGUUUGAAGCACUAGGCUUCAUUGCCCUCUGCCAACCAAUUAUGCUCCACAGCCUUGAGAGAGAAGCCAGGAAUCUUUAUCAGGUGGCAGCUCAGGCCUCUGUGUGCCACCUUGCAAAGUCCUGGGUUCCUCCUCUUCCCCACAUCACACCCCAUGUCAGGUCUUCCUACCCUGUGCCCCACCCCCAAGCAUGCACUUUGUCCUUGCCCUGCACUGCACUUCCUGUGUUGGGUUUGUUGCUGUACAGAUUUCCAUGUAUAUAAUAUAUAUUAUAAAUACCAGCCUUUAUGAGGGGGGUGGUGUCUCCAGCCCAUGUAUUUUCUAUAGCAUGGGGCUUCCCCUCUGCUCCUUCUCUCAGAUUGACUGUAUUUUUGUUUCCUUUCCUUCUCCCCCACCCACCCAAUCAGUUCCACUUUGUAUAUAUGAAAAUGUAUAUUUGAUGCUUCAUAAACUGAUCAAAUGUC